GCUCAUUGUCACGCGCUCUUGAGAUAUGUGGUUUAUUAAUAAAAUACGUACACCGGUUAGUUCAAUUCUCUUAGGUAGAGGCUCAUGCUUAUGAACAGACGUUUAUGUGGCAUUGCUAGAGGUCCACAUUGCUGUUAAGAUGAAGCUACUGUUUAUACUGGGUAUGUUGGCCAGUGUCCAAGCAGAUCCUAUCCUAAGAUUCAAACCUAACUUUAACUUACAUAAAGUGACUUGUGAAGAUCAAACAGUUUGUGAUGAUGAUAACACCUGCUGCCAACUAGACACAGGGGAGUGGGGCUGCUGUCCUUAUCCUAAGGCUGUAUGUUGCUCGGAUAAAUUACACUGUUGUCCAACUGGUACCACCUGCGACAUGGCUGAAUCAAAGUGCCUAAAUGGGGUCAUCUCUUUCCCUUGGAUGGAGAAGACAAGGUCAUCUCCCCCAGGCACCUUUAUGUGCCCUGAUCGUCAGUCCUACUGCCCAAGUGAACAGUUUACAUGCUGCAUGUCUAGCACAGGUGGAUAUGAUUGCUGCCCUCAACCAAAGGCUGUGUGUUGCGGUGAUGAUGAGCAUUGCUGCCCUACUGGCUAUUCAUGUGACAUGAAAAAGUCGGCUUGUUUGAAAGGCGAUAUUCAAAUGUUCUGGUACGAAAAACUUGCUGCAGAGAAACUCCCCAGUUUAUUUCAAUUAAAAGAUAUAAAUUGUCCUGAUGGGGAUUUUGAGAAGCUCGAAAAUGUCAUCUGUCCAGAUGGUCAGUCUUAUUGUCCAACAGGAAGCACGUGUUGCCAACAGAGAAGUGGAGUAUAUGGAUGCUGCCCUCUAGAAACAGCUGUGUGUUGUAAUGAUGGCAUACAUUGCUGUCCACAAGGUUACAAGUGCGACAUUGCCGGCGGAACUUGUGAAAAUUACACGUCCUCUAUUGCGCUGUUUUCGCACAUCCCUGCCAAACUCUUGAAGUCUGUAGUGUGUCCAGGUGGUCAGUCGCAAUGUCCAGAUGGUAACACCUGCUGUCGGCUGUCGUCGGGCCAGUAUGGGUGCUGCCCUCUACCAAAGGCUGUAUGUUGCAGUGAUGGUCUCCACUGUUGUCCCAGUGGCUACACUUGCGAUACUGGUGCAGGAACGUGUACAAAGGGCGCCCUCAUUUUUCCAUGGGUAGAAAAGACUGAAGCUAAGACUAUCCAGUUGGAGUCUGUAAUGUGUCCCGAUGGUCAGUCUGAAUGUCCAGAUGGCAAUACUUGCUGUAAACUGAGUAGUGGACAAUAUGGAUGCUGCCCAAUGCCAAAUGCUGUAUGUUGCAGUGAUGGUCUCCACUGUUGUCCCAGUGGCUACACUUGCGAUACCGGUGCAGGAACGUGUACAAAGGGCGCCCUCAUUCUUCCAUGGGUAGAAAAGACUGAAGCUAAGACUAUCCAGUUGGAGUCUGUAAUGUGUCCCGAUGGUCAGUCUGAAUGUCCAGAUGGCAAUACUUGCUGUAAACUGAGUAGUGGACAAUAUGGAUGCUGCCCAAUGCCAAAUGCUGUGUGUUGCAGUGAUGGACUCCACUGUUGUCCCAGUGGCUACAGCUGCGACACCAGUGCAGGAACAUGUACAAAGGGCGCCCUCACUCUUCCAUGGGUAGAAAAGACUGACGCUAAGACUAUCCAGUUGGAGUCUGUAAUGUGUCCUGAUGGUCAGUCUGAAUGUCCAGAUGGCAAUACUUGCUGUAAACUGAGUAGUGGACAAUAUGGAUGCUGCCCAAUGCCAAAUGCUGUGUGUUGCAGUGAUGGACUCCAUUGUUGUCCAAGUGGCUACACCUGCGACACCAGUGCAGGAACAUGUACAAAGGGCGCCCUCACACUCCCAUGGGUAGAGAAGACUGAAGCUAAAAUUGUCAAAUUGGAGUCUGUAAUGUGUCCCGAUGGUCAGUCUGAAUGUCCAGAUGGCAAUACUUGCUGUAAAUUGAGUAGUGGACAAUAUGGAUGCUGCCCAAUGCCAAAUGCUGUGUGUUGCAGUGAUGGUCUCCAUUGUUGUCCAAGUGGCUACACCUGCGACACCAGUGCAGGAACAUGUACAAAGGGCGCCCUCACACUCCCAUGGGUAGAGAAGACUGAAGCAACGUUUGUGAACAAUAUUUUAAGCUAUGAGAGUCCUUUGUGCCCUGAUGGUCAUUCAAGAUGUUCUGAUGGCUACACUUGCUGCAAGAUGUCCACUGGUGUGUGGGGAUGCUGUCCAUUACCAGAUGCGGUUUGCUGUGAAGAUGGAAUUCAUUGUUGCCCAAAAGAUAACACUUGUGAUGAUGCUACACCUGGAUGUAUUCAUGGAAAUAUCCGCACACCUUGGUUCGAAAAAGUUCCAGCAAACCAGUUAAAGUCUGUAAUGUGUCCUGAUGGUCAGUCUGAAUGUCCAGAUGGCAAUACUUGCUGUAAAAUGAGUAAUGGACAAUAUGGAUGCUGCCCAAUGCCAAAUGCUGAGUGCUGCAGUGAUGGUCUGCAUUGUUGCCCAUCUGGAUACACUUGUGACGUCGUUUCAGGGUCAUGUUCACGUGGUGCCAUCACUGUACCUUGGAUGGCCAAACAACCUGCAACUGUCCAGUCAGUGAUAUGUCCUGGUGGACGUGCAGAAUGCGACGAUGGCAAUACUUGUUGUAAACUUGCAAAUGGUGACUAUGGAUGUUGUCCUUUAAAAAAGGCUGUAUGCUGUAGUGAUAAACUCCAUUGUUGCCCGGAAGGUCAAACCUGUGACACUAGUGAAGGGAAAUGCCUUAAUGGUGACAUUAGUGUACCUUGGUAUACAAAAACUGGUUCUAGGCCUAUCGAUAAUGCGAUCAUUUGUCCUGAUGGCAGAUCACAAUGCCCAAAUGAUAACACUUGUUGUCAGUCAAAUUCAGGUUCAUGGCUCUGCUGCCCUCUACCAAAGGCGGUGUGUUGUUCAGAUGGAGAGAAUUGUUGUCCUAAUGGUUAUAGAUGCAAUGUUUCACAGGGUACAUGCAUUAAGCAGUCUAAUGUUUUUACUCUAGUUUCUCUCACACGACCCUAAAACACUUUAAAUAAAAUUUGUACAUUCCCAAUGCAGCUAAGAGAAGGAAAUUUAUAAUAGAAUGUCAUCAUCUAAGACUUGUCGUAAUCCUGGUCUCCGUAAAGUAAAUAUUUUUAAAAUUUGAUAAGAAUUUAUUUGUAAAUUGCGGGAGGAUUAGGGUUGAAAUGUCAUUUAUGUGUGUGUUAUUUUGUCAGUUUAUAACUAAGAAUAUGUUUUGUAGUUUAUUAUUUUAAUUUUCGAUCAUGGUUUAAAUCUGAAUAACAUCCUAACAAUCAUGUCCUAAAAAUUAUAAUUUGUAAAUCCAAAUUCUACUUCUCAGACAAACAUUUAAAAAAAAUUAUUCUCUCUUUACCAGAAUAAUUUAAAAUUAAGAUAACUUUUGUGUCCGCCACAAUGGAUCAUCAAAACUAUUAAAAGCUACGGAAGCUUUCAUUUAUUUCGCCAAAUAGAUAUAAAUAUAUAAAAUAUACAAAUAUAAAAUUUCAAAAAUAGUAAUUGUUGUCAUGUGGCAGGAUUGCCCAAAAGUAGAAGAUCUAUUGUAGAGGGGCUCUCCUCUUGAAGUAGCCAGCAGGCCAACUGUACUUUUAGUGUGAGAUAUUAUUUGCAAAGUCAGCUGUAUUUUUUCUAUGUUUUGUAUUUGAUAGACAAUAUUUGUCACAAUGUUUUAUACUUCUUCAAUACUCGGAAUAUAUACUUGAAUGCAAAUGCAAAUUUUGACUUUCUUGUUUCAUAGAUCAUUUUCAAGACAAAUGUUUAAGGUGAUUCUUGUAAAGGAAUAAACGGCCUAGCCAUCAAUACUGCUUUAGGCGUUGUAGAUCAA